UAUCACCCAGUCGCAAGUGGAUUUGAAUGUGAUUUUUAGUUACAGAAUAGAUAUUUCUAAAAUCUAUUGGCUCUCGAGCUUAGUACUGUCAACGAUUUUUCGAAAAACAAUAACGCGAGCCUUCCCAAGCGGUUUUAUUUCCAUCGAUUCACAAGCUUUUAGGGUAGGAAAAAUUAAGAUAUGGCCUCGGAAGGGUUUAGAGAAAUGAACGAUGGCAAUUAAGAUAUCUUUUAAAGCCAAAAGACCCUAGAACACAUUUCAUGUUUAUCCCUCCGUAUAAUAAAAACACCAAUUUAGUCAAGAAUAAGAAUAAAUAUAUUUGGGUCAUCUUUAGUGAAAAUCUCUUUAUUUUUUCAUUGUCCGUGGAAGGUUUGGCUUAACGACAGUAAAAUGUAAUGUGCGCGUAAAAACACGAAAGCUGCUAGCUAUCGCGGAACAGAGAAUGGCCACCUUCACAAGACCGAUAACACAGACUCGCCGCUAACACAGAUAAAUUAUUGAUCGCUUGAAAAACAUGACAGCUUCAGCUGCGUUGUAGAUAAUUAGCAUACAAAUCACCGCGUUCAAAACAUUAUGCAAGAGUUUUUUUUAUCGAGAUGAGUUUUUUUUCGCUAAUCCAAAAACAAUUGUGAUAGAUAAUAUAGGCUGACUGUUCAUAAAUAAAACAAAAGCGUUUAUAAUUUGUAUUUUUUUUAUCUACACGUCUUAUUGUAGAAGUGUAGAUAAUAAAAACAACUUUUAAAGGCGGUCGAUUAUUUCCAGGCGCUUCUUUGAGGUCGCUGUUUCAUACGUGUUGUGAAGAGGUUGAAAUGGCGCCUUUAGACGAAUUAGACGCCUCAUUAUGACACAAUCACCUGUAUGCAUAUUAUAUUUUGUGACCGUUGAGUUUAUAUACGAUUCACAAUCUAGCUCCCCUUAAACAAUUUAAUGGUGGUGAAGAGACGAUGGUGAUGACGAUGAUGAUGCUGAUGAGAAAUCGAGAUGACGCAAAUGAUGGUGGUGACGAAUAUGAAGAUACUGCUGUUAAUGAUAACCUGAUGAUGACAAAGAUGACGAUCACAACAAUAUGAUAAUGAUGAUAACCUGAUAAAGGUGACGAUGGUGGUGUUGAUGUUGUUGUUGAUGAUUAUGCAAAUGAUGGCCGCGCGCGGAGCUCCAUAGGUAUAGAAAUAUGGUAAGCUAUGCGACUUGGUUUUGUGGUCAUCGCGCGGUUACCCUGUGGUGUCACAAAUCAGCCAGUAAUCCAGCCGCGCAACUCUCAGGCCCCUCUUGGUCUUACGCUUUUGUGUAUUUUUAGUUCAAAGUUCGUAUGUUCACAGAAAAAAAGGCAGUAUUUAAUGACGGUCUCAGACCUAACAUCAAGCACAUGAAGUCUAUCUUUGAAGAUAACGGAAUCCCCGAGAAGCUUAUCACCGGACACGACACGCAGUAAACUUCAUCGAUAUUUGGCAACUUCAGCAAAACAUAUGGAUUUGAACACACGUCCACAAGUCCAUACCACUUCCAAGCUAAUGGUUUCAUCGAAAGGAACGUGCAAACCGUCAAAAAUUUGCUUCAGAAAUGCAAGGAGUUCAUGUACUGAGACAUCGAAGUCGGGAAUGGUGUCGGCAGGACAAGGAUUCAGGCGUGAAAGCGCGUCGGCCAAUGGUAUCUCCUUCCCAGGGACGUAUCUGAUGUUUACAUCACAUUUCUGAAUGCGGAGCAUCAUUCGUGCGAUGCGGGGUGGUGCACUAGAUAUAUGUUUCUUAAAGAUUGCCUCUAGUGGCUUGUGGUCAGACUGGACUGUGACGAUGCCUGCCAUAUACAUAGUAGUGAAAUUUCUCGAGGCGAUGCACAACGGCUAGCAUUUCUUUCUCGAUGUUUGAGUAGCGCUGUUCAGUCUCAGUCAAGAGCUUGCUCUGGUCCUCCACUGGGCCUUUUUCCUGGAGAAGAGUAGCACCUAGGCCUCGAGAGGACGCGUCUACCUGUAUGGUCACAGGCUUACGACCGUCGAAGUACUGGAGGGAGCCUGGGGAGGUGAUGAGCUGCUUGAUCUGUACAACUGCUGCCUGGUGCUCUGUGUGCCACUGGAAAUCACGGCCGCUCUUGGUGAGAUCCCAGAGCACUGCUGAAACAGAGGAAAAGUUAGGAAUGAAGCGACUGAGGAACUGCACCAUUCCUAGGAAGGUCUGCAGAUCUGUCAGGCUCGUAGAGGGGUCCAUGGAUGAUGGCUUCAAUCUUCUUUGGGUCGACAAGUGCAAAAUCGCUUGCACUGAGCUGUCAUUCUUCGGACAUGUCAUCAGCUCCUCUGGGAUUCAGACUCAAGUUCUGGUCUCCGAAUGGAGGCGUGGGUAUUACGUCUCUUGAGUGCUACCACUGUAACAGCGGAUCAGGCUUCGAUGACUGCACCUACUACCAGACUAAUAUGACGUGCAGGGAGAGCGAGGAUAGGUGCAUCAAGGCCAGCUGGGACUUAGGAACAGUCGGGACAGUAUCCGUAGGUUACAUCAAGGGUUGCACGACAAGAGACAUGUGCUCCACCGACAACUACACUCUGUGCCACCAGAAUGAUGGUUAUGUCAAGUGUGAGACAUACUGCUGCGAGGGGAAACUGUGUAAUGGUGUACGUGGGAUCAGUAAUAUAGGAACAAUAGGAAUGGCGUUUUUAUUCUUAUUUGCACAAGUAGGGAAUAUAGACUGGUGAUUCGUGUUUGAUUAGUAUUCUUGUGGCUCGAAGCUUUGUGUCACAGGCGCAUGCCCAGUCUUAGGCGCGGGCAUAGGGGAAAAGGAUAGUAUUUAUAAACCUUAAUAAGAAAUGGCCCAUUUGUUGGCGGCCAAGGGGGGUGGGGAGGAAGAGUAAGCGUACCCUGUACACCCCCCUGUGUACGCCUUUGUCAUCUGCAAUUGUUGUACAUAUUUUUGCAAUGUAUUUUUGUACACAUUAUUGCAGUGUGGAUGCAUACCAUUUUGCGGUUUGGUUGUACAAAUUUUCUAUGCUAUUCUUCCCAUAUUUGCUAUUUGCCUGUGGGCAUUUUCGAGCCUUUUCCGGCCGCACCUCCCUGUUUUGGCCGCACGAAGUUUCCCCAAAGACCGCUGUAUCACCGUGUCUGGGCUUCGCCUUAUGCAGUAGGGGAGACUUGAUACAAACAAAAAGGGUCCGCCCAGAGGAAACGGGUGUACAAAAUGGUAUAUAAGCAACAAUACAGUCGGUAGGAUGUUUGACUUCCCGA